AUGAGGCUGCUAAGCAUGCUCCUUGCGUUAGCGACUGAAUUUCUUGCUACAAGUGCUCAAAUGCAAGCCUCGCCGAAGCUACAGAGCACCGGAUUUCCCAGCGAAAUCUCGCUCGGCGACGACACCGCCGCGAUAUGCCUGGUCUCGAAGGGCUCGUCGGGACCGUUCAAGAUGACGUGGUACAAGGACGGCCACGAAGUACGCAACUCCGACCGCGUCACCGUCGUGGUCGGAGCGAGCAAGGCGGUGCUGAACAUCGACGCCGUCCGAGUGGAAGACAUCGGCAACUACACUUGUGCAGCGACUAACCGCUUCGGCGCCGACAGCCUGACUGUGCCACUCCUAGUGACAGCGCCACCGAAGCUCGGAGAGCUGUGGUUUCCGCCGGACGUCACCCUGGGUGACGAAGUCGUCGUCACUUGCGUGGUCAAAAAGGGUAGCGCGGGACCCUAUCAGAUCACUUGGGAGAAAGACGGCAGAGAAGUGGCAGGCAAGGGAACGGAUCUUCGAGUCUUCGUGUCUACGCUAUCCAUGGGAAGCGUGGCGCUUCGCAUCGCCAGCCUCCGAGCCGAAGACGUCGGCAACUACAGCUGCACGGCGAGGAACCGCUUCGGAAGCGACAGCGUCACGGCGCCUCUCGUAGUACACGCGCCUCCGAAGCUGCAAAGUUCCGGAUUUCCGAGCGAAGUCUCACUGGGAGACGACACAGUCGCAACGUGUCUCGUUAAGAAAGGCUCGUCCGGACCGUUCAAAAUGGCUUGGCACAAGGACGGUGACGAAGUGCGCGACACGGACCGAAUCACCGUCGUCACUAAAGCCAGCAGCGUGGUUCUCAGCAUCGAAGGUGUUCAAGUCGCAGACAUCGGCAACUACACGUGCUCGGCGGCGAACGAAGUCGGUGUCGACGCCUUGACCAUGUCACUGGUCAUCACAGCUUCGAACCACUUCAGUUGCUGCUCGACGACUACAGUCGCAGACUUCAUCUUCGAGUUGCGCCGAGACGCUGAAUCCUCUUCCGUAAACAGCCGAUUCAGCAAGAACACAAUGUCGAGCGCUGGCCUGAAGACAGUGACCGACUGCCUUGUCUGUUUGCUGGUGCUGCUGUAUUUCCCCAACGCUCUUGCCAUCAACUCUGUCGCGCCGACAGUAGGCAAGUUUGGGUUUCCGCUGGACGUAUCGCUGGGGGACGAAGUGAUGGAAAACUGUGUGGUGAAGAAAGGCAGCCCCGGACCGUACCGCAUCGCGCUUCUGAAGGACGGCGAGGAGAUCCGCGGCGACGACCGCGUCACGGUGUCCAGCCACUCCAAGAGCAGCGCCACGCUACGCAUCGCCAGCCUCCGGCCCGAAGACGUCGGCAACUACACGUGCACAGCGAGCAACGCGUACGGCAGCGACAGCGUCACGGCAGCCUUACUGGUUCACGGCCCUCCGAAGCUGCAUAGCUCUGGGUUUUCCAGCGAGCUCUCGCUCGGCGAAGAUGCCGCCGCCACAUGUGCUGUGAAGAAAGGGGCUUCGGGACCCUUCCUGCUCAGCUGGCACAAAGGCAGCCGCGAAAUCGAAAGCACGGAUCGCAUCACAGUGUCUACGAAGGCUACCAGCGCCAUGCUCAGCAUAGAUUCCAUUCAAGUGGGAGACGUUGGCAACUACACGUGCGUGGCGAAGAACGCCUUCGGCAGCGACACCCUCGUGCUGCCUCUCCUGGUUUCAGAACCUCCCCAAGUCGGCGAGUUCUCUUUCCCGGCGAAACUCGCGAUCGGCGACGAAGUGAUUGCCCUCUGCGCGGUGAAAAAGGGCAGCGUUGGGCCUUACCGCAUUACGUGGCGCAAGGACGGCUCCGAGCUGAAGCCUUCGGAGCGGCUGUCCAUGUCCGCGCUGUUCAAAAGUAGCGCGGCGCUCAGCAUAGCGAGCCUGCGCCCCGAAGACGUCGGCAACUACACGUGCACGGCGACGAACGCAGUGGGCAGCGGCACCGCCUCAGCGAUGCUCGUCGUGCACGGACCUCCCAGAGUUUUCGAGUUCAGUUUUCCGCCAGAAGUGGCGCUCGGUGACGAAAUCAUUGUGGGAUGCGCCGUCAAGAAAGGCACGUCGGGACCUUAUCGCAUCGCCUGGCAGAAGGACGGCACGGAUAUCGACAGCGACGGUCGCCUGUCGGUGUUCGGCCAGUCCAAGACGAGCGCGGCGCUACGGAUUACGGGCGUCCAACCCGAGGACGUCGGCAACUACACCUGCGUGGCGAAGAAUUCGUUCGGCAGCGACAGCUUCACGGCUCAGCUCGUUAUUCACGUUCCGCCAAAGUUGCAAAGCGCUGGAUUUCCAAGCGAAAUCUCCCUGGGGGACGACACGGCCGCGAUGUGUCUAGUGACGAAGGGCUCGUCCGGACCGUUCGACAUCGCUUGGCACAAAGACGGCCAAACAGUGCGCAACACAGACCGCAUCGCCGUCUCCGUCAAGGCCAGCAGUGCGGUACUGAACAUUCAGGAGAUUCGCGUUGAGGACGUCGGCAACUACAGCUGCACGGCGACGAACCGCUACGGCACAGACAGCCUCACCCUUUCGCUGCUCGUAACAGCGGCACCGAAAGUCGGCGAGCUGUCGUUCCCUUCCGACGUCGCGCUGGGCGACGAGGUCAUCGUCACCUGCGUGGUGAAGAAAGGCAGCGCGGGACCGUACCGCAUCACGUGGGAGAAAGACGGCAGAGAAGCGAAGGACGCCGGAGGGGCUCGAGUCUCCGUAUCCACGCCGUCGGAGAGCAGCGCGACGCUUCGCAUCGCCAGUCUUCGGGCCGAGGACGUCGGCAACUACACCUGCACCGCGAGGAACAGCUUCGGGAGCGACAGCAUCACGGCGCCGCUGGUAGUUCACGCGCCACCGAAGCUGCAAAGUGCCGGAUUUCCGAGCGAAGUUUCUCUUGGAGACGACACAGUGGCAACGUGCCUUGUCAAGAAAGGCUCGUCGGGACCGUUCAAGAUGGCUUGGCACAAGGACGGCAACGAGCUGAGGAACACGAACCGACUCAGCGUCGUCUCGCACGUCAACAGCAUAUUGCUGCGCGUAGAAGGUAUUCAAGUGGACGACAUCGGCAACUUCACGUGCUCGGCCGCCAACGACUUCGGAACCGACGUCCUCACACUGCCUCUUCUCGUCACAGCGCCUAAGGUUGGAGGGUUUGCUUUCCCACCGGACGUGGCACUGGGCGACGAAAUCGUCGAGUCAUGCGUGGUCAAGAAAGGCAGCGUGGGACCGUACCGCAUAGCCUUACUGAAGGACGGCAAACUGAUCGAAGCCGGCGACCGUGUCUCGGUAUCCAGCGCUUCCAAGAGCAGCGUGACGUUGCGAAUUGGCAGCCUCAAGCCGGAGGAUGUCGGGAACUACACGUGCGCUGCAAGCAACCAAUACGGCAGCGACAGCGUCACGGCAACGCUAGUUGUGAACGGUGGCGCAGGAGGUCCGUACGCGACCGUGCACUUUUCACCCCCGGACCGCGCUCCGCACCACGAAGAUCCCGGUACCCCGUACCUGCUGGCGCUGUCGUCUGCUCCCGAGCCAGACAACGCCCCCAAGAUCCAAGCUUUCUCGUUCUCCCCCGACUUAUCCUUGGGCGACGCGGCGGCGGUCACCUGCGCCGUCAAAAGAGGGAGCAGGGGUCCCCACAAUCUCUCGUGGCUCAAAGAUUCGAGAGGACUCGCGGAGGAUCACCGCGUCUCGGCGGCCCGGCAGUCGGACAUGCUCUACACGCUGACGAUCCGAGACGUCGGACCCGAUGACGUCGGCAACUACACCUGCGUCGCCAGGAACGCUCGCGGCCAAGACACGUUCACAGCGCCGCUUGCGGUGUCAGAGUCUCAAAAAGCGCACGUUUCAGGGCCUCCCAAUGUGCAAGAGUUCAGGUUUCCCGGUCUCCUCUCCACGGGCGACACAGCCGUUGUGAGCUGCGUCGUUCGAAAAGGAAGCCUUAGCCCGUACACGCUCCUCUGGCUUAAGAACGGUCACGUGCUAGACGCCGUGUCGAGGAGCAAUGCCCUGGUGUCCCACCAGGGAGACUCCAUCUCGACGCUGACGCUGAAGGACAUUGCGGUGGAGGACAACGGCAACUACACGUGCGUCGCUAGCAACGCCGCUGGCAGCGGCGUGGCAUCGGCACUCCUAGCCGUCACAGGUAGGCUGGACUGCAGGGCGGGCUCGAAUUCGCAGGCUGAGGGACUCAAUGUCGCGGGUGAUGCGAUUUGAAAUGCCCGUACACGGUGAAAAAUAGGUAACAACGGCUUUGAUGGCUGAGCCACAUAGCAUCACGUGUGUCUUCUUUCAUAAGGCGCCGUCUUGCGCGUAAUGCGUUCCGUUCAUAGUCUGUAAUCGGUCGUGAUUACAUAGCCUGUAAUCGGUCGUGCAGCAACUAUACCUCGGAAGGAUAGCCUCGUCGGUCAUUUUUUUUUUUUUUUAAAUGCUUGGCGACCACAUUGAAUAGCAGUGGAAUGUGUUCUGCGUUGGCUCCGAAACCCGACUGAAAUUAUUCUCCUGCGCGCUCAUCGUAGUGCUUGCGACGUAUAUACGACAUUGUGCCCUUCACGUGAACCCGCUGCGCAUUAUGGCUGCCUCCUUCUUGAAUCAUAUAUCGCAGCCACGAUGGUGCGCCUGAAAGGAAAAUGAGAUUCUAGUAUAUUUUUUGGAAAAUUUCGUGGUUUUACGUAUAGAAAGUCCGAACAUAACUUGUACUAUUAUGACUGCCUUUGAAAGGUGUGUGUGCG